UGGUAACAUUAAUUUGACGAUCAACUCUUACGAGUGUGCGCUGUAACUUCAUUCGUUCGGCGACAAUGGCGGCAGACCUUGAUCAGCUUCAACAGCUUUUAAACACACUUCUUAGCACGGAUAAUGAUACCAGAAAGCAAGCAGAGGAGGCAUACAACAACCUCCCAGUGGAUAGUAAGGUGACAUUUCUUUUAAGCUCCUUGUGCAAUGCCACCCUUACAGAAGAAAUGCGUGCUAUGGCUGCCGUCUUGCUACGUCGACUAUUUGCUUCUGAAUUUAUGGAUUUUUAUCCUAAAAUUCCACCAGAAGCACAAGCUCAAUUAAGAGAGCAAAUUUUAUUAUCUGUUCAAAGUGAACAGACGGAGACUAUUCGACGUAAAGUUUGCGAAGUUGCAGCUGAAGUUGCACGAAAUUUAAUUGAUGAAGAUGGUAAUAAUCAGUGGCCAGAAUUUCUGCAGUUCCUAUUCCAAUGUGCAAAUAGUCCUGUACCAGCAUUGAAAGAAAAUGCUCUUCGAAUGUUCACAUCCGUCCCUGGUGUAUUUGGAAAUCAACAAGCUAAUUACCUUGAUCUUAUUAAACAAAUGUUGCAGCAAUCUAUCAUGGACUCUGCAAAUUAUGAGGUCAGAUUUCAAGCAGUAAGAGCAAUUGGAGCCUUUAUCGUUCUUCAUGAUAAAGAAGACAAUAUACAGAAUCAUUUCUCAGAAUUACUACCAGCAAUUGUACAAGUAAUUGCUCAAUCGGUAGAAAAACAAACAGAUGAUGCUCUUUUAAAAGUUUUGAUCGAUUUAGCGGAAUCAACACCCAAAUUUUUGAGAUUACAAUUAGAGACUAUAAUGGAAAUGUGUAUGAAAAUAUUUUCAAAUGAUGAUAUGAUUGAUUCAUGGAGACAAUUAGCAUUGGAAGUAUUAGUUACACUUGCAGAAACUGCUCCUGCAAUGGUACGUAAAGUUGGUGGAAAAUAUAUUGCGUCUCUAGUACCAUUGGUGCUAAAAAUGAUGACAGAUAUACAAGAAGAUGAAAAAUGGAGUUUUUCGGAUGAAAUUGUUGAAGAUGACAAUGACAGUAAUAAUGUCGUUGCUGAAAGUGCUUUAGACAGAUUAGCAUGUGGUUUAGGUGGUAAAACUAUGUUACCACAAAUUGUACAGAAUAUUCCGUCAAUGUUAAAUAACAGUGACUGGAAGUACAGGCAUGCUGCUCUUAUGGCAAUAUCAGCUGUUGGUGAAGGUUGUCAUAAACAAAUGGAAGUAAUAUUACCUCAAAUCAUGGAUGGAGUUAUACAAUAUUUACAAGAUCCUCAUCCUCGUGUAAGAUACGCAGCUUGUAAUGCAGUAGGUCAAAUGUCAACUGAUUUUGCACCUGUAUUCGAAAAAAAAUUUCAUGACAAAGUCAUUCCUGGAUUAUUAAUGGUGUUGGAUGAUAAUGCGAAUCCAAGAGUUCAGGCUCAUGCCGGCGCAGCCCUCGUAAACUUCAGUGAAGAUUGCCCAAAAAAUAUAUUAACACCAUAUUUAGAUGCUAUUAUGGCUAAAUUGGAGUCGAUUCUUACUGCUAAAUUUCAAGAGUUAGUUGAGAAAGGCACUAAACUUGUCCUUGAACAAGUCGUUACAACUAUAGCAUCUGUUGCUGAUACAUGUGAAGAACAGUUUGUAACAUAUUAUGAUAGAUUAAUGCCAUGUCUAAAAUACAUUAUUCAAAAUGCUAAUCAACAAGAACAUAAAAUGUUACGUGGUAAAACCAUUGAAUGUGUGAGUCUUAUAGGACUUGCAGUAGGACCUGAAAAGUUUAUUGCAGACGCUAGUGAAGUUAUGGAUAUGUUAUUAAAAACACACUCAGAAGGAGAUCUUCCAGAUGAUGAUCCACAAACUAGUUAUUUAAUAUCUGCGUGGGCUCGAAUUUGCAAAAUUCUUGGUAAACAAUUUGAGCAAUAUUUACCAUUGGUAAUGGGUCCAGUUUUACGUACAGCAGCUAUGAAACCUGAAGUAGCUGUACUAGAUAACGAAGAUAUGGAAGGUCUAGAAGAUGUUGAUUGGGAAUUCAUCUCUCUUGGUGAACAACAAAACUUCGGAAUUAAAACUGCUGGCUUAGAAGACAAAGCUUCCGCCUGCGAAAUGUUAGUUUGCUAUGCACGUGAAUUAAAGGAAGGUUUUGCAGAUUAUGCAGAGGAAGUAGUACGGCUAAUGGUUCCUCUGUUGAAAUUUUAUUUUCAUGAUGGUGUUCGAACAGCAGCUGCUGCAAGUUUACCAUAUCUUCUAGAUUGUGCAAAAAUAAAAGGUCCACAAUAUCUUGAAGGGAUGUGGGCGUAUAUCUGUCCCGACCUCUUGAAAGCAAUCGAUACAGAACCUGAACCUGAAGUUCUGCUAGAAAUAUUAUAUUCGUUGGCUAAAUGUAUCGAAACCCUCGGUGCCGGUUGUUUAGGAGCACAACCCAUGGCUGAAUUGUUACGUAUAUUAGAUAAAUUACUUAAUAAACAUUUUGAAAGAGCAGUAGCUAGAUUGGAGAAGCGUAAAGAUGAAGAUUACGAUGAAGUUGUUGAAGAACAGCUUGCUGAUGAAGACAGUGAAGAUGUAUAUACUCUAAGCAAAAUAGCAGACAUUUUACACGCAUUGUUUACUACUCAUACGUCAUCAUUCUUCCCUUACUUUGAUCAAAUUUGUGGACAUUUUGUUAAAUUGUUAAGCCCCGAAAGACCUUGGUCAGAUCAUCAAUGGGCUUUAUGUGUAUUUGACGAUAUAAUAGAAUUUGCCGGACCCGAAUGUGCAAAAUAUCAAGAAUACUUCUUACGUCCAAUGAUACAAUACGUAUCCGAUAAAUCAGCAGAAGUAAGACAAGCAGCAGCUUAUGGUUGUGGCAUUUUAGGGCAGUACGGAGGAGAAGCGUUCGCUCAAGCAUGCGCAGAGGCUUUGCCUAGGUUAAUGGAUGUUAUAAACGAUCCAGAAUCAAGAUCACCUGAAAAUGUCAAUCCUACUGAAAAUGCUAUAUCUGCAGUUACAAAAAUUCUUAAAUAUAAUAAUAAAGCAAUCAAUGUUGACGAAAUACUACCUUAUUGGGUCUCUUGGCUACCAGUGGUAGAAGACAGAGAUGAAGCACCCCAUGUUUAUGGAUAUUUAUGUGAUUUAAUCGAAGCAAACCAUGUAAUAGUUUUAGGACCAAAUAAUGCAAACUUACCUCGGUUAAUAAGUUUCUUUGCAGAAGCAUUUUGCCAAAAUGUUGUAUCGACAGAUAAUCCUGUUAUGGGUAGAAUUCUUAGUAUUGUUAGGCAAAUACAGAACAACGAGUCUAUGUUCCAGGCAUGCAUAAAUGCAUUAACUGCAGAUCAACAACAAGCAUUGCAUGAGGCACUUCGUGCACAGCCUACUAAUUAGCCAUUUGCUUUUAUUCUCCAACCAUAACACUUUAAUAUAAAACAAAACGAAA